AUGCUCUCCUUCUUCCGUCGGCGUGGCGCCGACGCCGACACCGACGAGCCCCAGGCCUCGUCCAAAGUUCCGUUAUACACCAAUGCAGCUUAUUACCCCAACUGGAGGAUCUACAGGAACCAACCGCCGUCCUCCCUGCGUCUAGGCUUUAUUUCGCAUCUCUAUUACGCUUUCGCAUGGGUCAAGGAAGAUGGUGAGAUUUAUGUAUGCUCCUGA